CAUUUUUAAACAAAUAUGUCUGUACCACAAUGCAAAAUUCCAAAGUACCGUAGGAAUAAGGCGCACCCACAAUGCUUGCGUUAUGCGCGCCUCACGAACUGUCAAGAAUUCACAUAUGCAACUUUACCUCGUACUCAGCGUGGCCAACCCAUCGUUUUGGGAUCGGAUCCUAAGGGCAAAAACUUCCUCUAUACUAACGGCAAUUCAGUAAUCAUUAGAAAUAUCGAGAAUCCUGCUAUCGCUGAUGUUUAUACAGAACAUUCAUGUGCCGUCAAUGUAGCCAAAUAUUCGCCAAGUGGUUUCUAUAUUGCAUCUGGAGAUCAAUCGGGUAAAAUACGUAUUUGGGACACAGUUAAUAAAGAGCAUCUAUUGAAAAAUGAAUUUCAACCAAUUGCUGGUCCGAUUAAGGACAUAUCUUGGUCUCAGGAUAGUCAACGUAUAGUAGUAGCGGGUGAGGGUCGCGAGAGAUUUGGACAUGUAUUUAUGGCGGAAACUGGUACUUCGGUAGGUGAAAUCAGUGGCCAAUCUAAAUCUAUAAAUUCUUGUGAUUUUCGUCCUGCUCGACCGUUUCGCAUAGUAACGGGCAGCGAAGACAACACUAUAGGAGUGUUUGAGGGACCACCUUUCAAGUUCAAAAUGACCAAACAGGAUCAUUCACGUUUUGUUCAGGCUGUACGCUAUUCACCCGAUGGUAAAUAUUUCGCCUCGGCUGGAUUCGAUGGCAAAGUCUUCCUCUAUGACGGUACUACAUCGGAUUUAGUCGGCGAAUUCGGUAAUCCGGCUCAUAAGGGCGGAGUAUAUGCAGUCGCCUGGAAAUCUGAUGGUACUCAAUUACUUACCUGUUCGGGUGAUAAAACUUGUCGUUUAUGGGAUGUGGAAACUCGAGAGCUAUUAACAGAAUUUGUCAUGGGUUCUAAUGUAGAUGAUCAACAAGUUUCGUGUUUAUGGCAAGGCGAACAUUUACUUACAGUAUCUUUAUCGGGUCAUAUGACGUAUCUAAACAUUAACGAUGCUUCAAAACCAUCACGUGUUAUUAAAGGUCAUAAUAAACCUAUAACCGUGUUGGGUCUUAGCGAUGAUCGCAGUACUAUUUACACUGGUAGUCAUGACGGUAUCGUGAUCAGUUGGAAUUCGGGUAGUGGAGUUAAUGACCGAGUCUCAGGUAUUGGGCACGGUAAUCAGAUGAACGGUAUUGCAGCAUGGGGCGAUUUUGUCUACACGUGUGGCAUUGAUGAUAGUUUACGUCAAUUCAGUGUCGAAUCGAAUGCUUACACCGACUAUGUGGUCAAAUUAAAUUGUCAGCCACGCGGUUUAUCCAUUUUCCGCAAUGAAGAUAUAAUUGCUUUGGCUUGUGUCAAGGAGCUCACUUUGGUACAGGAUCAGAAAAAAAUCUUCUCACUGCCUAUAAAAUACGAGGCCACUUCGAUCUCGGCUAAUGCAGAGACAUUAGAUAUAGCCGUUGGUGGUGAUGAUCAAAAGUUACAUAUAUACAGCUUGAAAAACUCCAUCUUAGAACCAAAAAUCGAACUCGAGCACUUGGGCGCCGUAACCGAUUGCUCGUAUUCGCCUGAUAAUAAGUAUUUGGUGGCUUGUGACGCUCACCGUAAAGUAGUAUUAUAUAAUGUGGAAGAAUAUAAGAUGGCUCACAACAAAGAAUGGGGCUUCCAUAAUGCUCGUGUUAAUACAGUGGCCUGGUCACCCAAUUCUUUAUUAGUUGCCAGCGGUUCAUUGGACACUAACAUUAUUAUAUGGUCGGUUAACAAUCCCUCAAAGCACACCAUUAUCAAAAAUGCUCAUCCUCAAUCUCAGAUUACACGUCUCGUAUGGUUGGACAAUAAUACUGUAAUAUCUACUGGUCAAGAUUGUAAUACAAAAAUCUGGCAUGUGGAGACAAUCUGAAUUGUCUUUGGAUGCAAUUAUUGUUUUAACAAGAAAUGCUUAGCGAACUCUCAUCUUAUACAAUCCGCAGAGUUUCUUCAUAUAUGAUAACAGUUUUUCAUAAACCAUAAUGCAUUUUAGUUUGUAUAUCCUUUUGCCCCAAAUUUGCAUUUCUUUAAGUUUAAAAGUAUUUUGUUUGCAUUAUAA